GGAGGAAGUGAAGCGUAAUUUGAGGAAGAUGGAUGAGUCCGGAGGGCGACACCCCCAGCCCGCCCGCCCGCCCGCCCGCCCCCUCCCUCCUUAUGAGAGAGGGAGCGCGGCGCCGGAGCCUCACUGCGCUGAGCCCGCGCCCCGCCGCCACCUCGGCCCGGGAGCCAGAGCGAGCCCUGCGUGUCCGCGCGGGAGCCCGAGCCGCGGGGCGCACGGCGGCGCCCGGAGGGGAACGCCCCGGGGUGGCCGCAGCUCCCGGCGCCAUGCAGAGAGCCGGAGGCGGCGGCGCCCCCGGGGGCAGCGGCGGGGGCGGCGGCGGGGCCCCGGGCACUGCCUUCUCCAUCGACUCCCUGAUCGGGCCGCCGCCACCACGCUCCGGCCACUUGCUCUACACCGGCUACCCCAUGUUCAUGCCCUACCGGCCGCUCGUGCUGCCGCAGGCGCUGGCCCCCGCGCCGCUGCCCGCCGGCCUCCCGCCCCUCGCCCCGCUGGCCUCCUUCGCGGGCCGCCUGACCAACACCUUCUGCGCGGGGCUGGGCCAGGCGGUGCCCUCCAUGGUGGCGCUGACCACCGCGCUGCCCAGCUUCGCGGAGCCGCCCGACGCCUUCUACGGGUCCCCGGAGCUCGCCGCCGCGGCCGCCGCCGCCACUGCCUCGCGAAGCAACCCGGAGCCGGGCGGCCGACGCGCCGAGGGCGGGCUGGACGCCGACGAGCUGCUGCCCGCCCGGGAGAAAGUGGCGGAGCCCCCGCCGCCCCCGCCUGCGCACUUCUCAGAGACUUUCCCAAGUCUGCCGGCAGAGGGGAAGGUGUACAGCUCAGAUGAGGAGAAGCUGGAGGCCCCAGCAGGAGACCCAGCGGGCAGCGAACAGGAGGAAGAGGGCUCGGGCGGUGACAGCGAGGACGACAGUUUCCUGGACAGUUCUGCAGGGGGGCCAGGGGCUCUUCUGGGACCUAAACCGAAGCUAAAGGGAAACCUGGGGACUGGAGCUGAGGAAGGGGCACCAGUGGCCACAGGGGUCACAGCUCCUGGGGGGAAAAGCCGAAGGCGCCGCACAGCCUUUACCAGUGAGCAGCUUUUGGAGUUGGAGAAGGAAUUUCAUUGCAAGAAAUACCUGAGCUUGACAGAGCGCUCCCAGAUCGCCCACGCCCUCAAGCUCAGUGAGGUGCAGGUCAAGAUCUGGUUUCAGAAUCGCCGGGCCAAGUGGAAGCGCAUCAAAGCCGGCAAUGUGAGCAGCCGUUCUGGGGAGCCUGUAAGAAACCCCAAGAUCGUCGUGCCCAUCCCUGUGCAUGUCAAUAGGUUUGCUGUGCGCAGCCAGCACCAACAAAUGGAGCAGGGGGCCCGACCCUGACUGUGCUCCCAAAGACUGGA